AUGGGUCCGCUCAUCCUCAUUACCGUAUGUGUCUGCAUAGACGGGUGCAUAUCCUGCUGCUGCAGAGAACCACGCUCAGAAACAGAAGAAUGGGACGCGGCCGUGGAACUGGCGGUGCAGCAGGCUAGGAGGACGUUGGCUGCGGCGGAGCAACAUAGGAGCUUCGCGGCGGCGGCGCCUGGCGUGGCGGUGGAGCAGACCGGAACGUUGGCGACGGCGGCAGCAGCGCCUGUCGCUGCGGUGGAGCAGACCAUGAGGUUGGUUGCGAAGAAGGAGCUCGGGUACUUCCCGUAUGCAGGCGCCGUGGAGGCGGCGGGGCAGAGGCUGGUGUGCGGGAUAUGCCUGGAGGAGUUCGUGCGCUGGGCGGCGUGCAGCGAGGUGCCGGCGUGCCGGCACGUUUUCCACCGGGACUGCAUUGGGGCGUGGAUGAAGAACAGCAAGAGCACCUGCCCGCUGUGUAGGGCUCUCAUCGUGCCGGGAUCGGAACGGCUGUCGGCUGCGGAAGACAUGGUUUAG